AUGGAGCCUGGAAUUUUUCAGUACGUGAUGACGUUGCAGCGUCGUCCCCCUCGCAUCUCGCUAUACUCCAAGCACGUUGGUGCAAAGGAAAACGCGCAUGCUUAUUAUCAGGAUAUAUUGCUCACACUUUCCUGGGUUUCCUGUCACUGUGAGCGCGCCUUCGCAUCUCGACGCAAGGCGCGAUUCGCGUUGGCUUCGCCCCCGGGAUGGUGGGUUGCCCAGAGAAUGACACAACGGGCUCAGAUGACUCAUAUGUCCUUCUACACCGUCUGCAUGACCUUGGCUCAUGAUUACUUCAACACCCGAAAUUUGCAGCAGUUCCAGCGGUUGCUCGAUGGCGGACUUAACGACCGGAAGCAACAAGCUGGGAAUGGUGCAUCUGCUCAGCCGAGCACCAGCGGGGCCAAGUCGUGGAACAAACCCAGCCCCUUAGCCACGAUGACACCGCCUGUGGACGUCAAUGCAAGAGAUUGGCUCGGUCGAACCGUACUUCACCUCGCUUGCUCCGCCGUCGAGAAUGUCGAAUACGUCCGGGCGUUACUCAAGCACCCCAAUAUCAACGUCAACGUACCUGAUACGGAGAGCCAUUGGACGCCGUUGCAUCGAGCACUUUACCAUGCGAAUCUUCCUGCAGCCCAAAUGCUUCUCCAACGCUCCGAUAUCGACAUCUCCCUCAAGGAUUGGGAGGGCUACACGGCAUUCGACCUAUACAAUUCGACAAUCAACGGGACCAAUCCUGACUCUCGCCAGCUGAACGCCGAGUUGUUUACUUGGGGAGCGAAUCGCAAUGCCGCACUCGGACUUGGGGAUGGAAAUGACAGGAGCCACCCUGACCAAGUCAUCAUCCCAGGGAAGGGGAAUCCAGAAGAUUUGAAAGACAACAAGCUCACCGAACGGUUCAUUCCAAUUUCGAUUCGCCAAAUUCAAAUGUCAAAGCUCCACACAGCCAUUGUAACUUCUGAAGAGAGCGGGAACCUCAGGGUCUGUGGGUUUGGCAGUGGUGGAAGACUCGGUCCCGGACAACACACCCAGUUCAGCCUCAAGCCCUUACCUCAAUUCAGCUACACCAUCACACAGGUCGCCUUGGGCCAGGACCACACUCUCGCGCUCACCAAGAACGGCGAGGUUCUCAGCUGGGGCUUGAACCACUUUUCGCAGCUCGGCUAUCCACUAGAGCUGACGGGUGGAAAGUUGGAAGAACCGAUUCAACCAACGCCGAGGAAGAUUCCAGGGCCUUUGAAGAAAGAGACAGUUAUCGGAAUCGCAGCGUCGAAGAAAGCUUCGGCGUGUUGGACGCUCGACGAGGUCUUCACCUGGGGAACGAAUGCUGGGCAGUUAGGCUACGACAAGAAUGCCCAGCCUGUCCAGGUGAUUCCCCGCAAGGUGACCAAGUUCUCUCAGCCAGUCAUCGCUCUGGCCCUCUCGGACAACGCUAUGGCUGGACUUUUGCAAACGCAGCAGGUUGAAUGCAUCUGGAAUGACCGCCAUUACCGAAUCAACUUCCCCAUCCACGCGUUCCCCUCCGAGAUUCAACCCUUCCGACCACGACAAGCGAUCAAGGAUUUCCACAUAGCGAAGGUGACUUGCUGCGGGGAUCUAUUUGCCGCCCUUUCCUCGAACGGCGAAGUGUUCACAUUCUCCCCUCCUACCGAUGGCGGAGACGGUGUGGAUGGUUACCACCAUAAGGGUUCUCCGUUCAAACCCCAGCGUGUUUGGGCGCUGCGGAAGAAGUUUAGCUCAGUCAGGGAUGUCGCUAUGGGCGCGGAAGGCUCCAUAAUCAUCUGCACCGAAUCAGGGCAUACCUAUGUCCGUAUCCGAACUGGAAAAGGAGGUGGAAAGAACUUCAAGUUCCAGCGCAUUCCACAUCUCCAACGCGUCACCCAUGUUUGUGCCAACAGCACUGGUGCCUUUGGAGCACUUCGUGUCGACUUUAGGCCCAAGAAGAUCGACAUUCAAGGGCCUUCGAUCGCGGAAGACCUCUCUCGAGUUCAACCUUAUCGUCUUCCCUUCCCUGCGGAAGCUGUCCCUUCCGGACAUCGCUUCCACCCGACCGUCGUCGAUGCCCUGGAUGAAGCUGGCCGGUCAAAGACAUCGAUCAACGUCCCUGCAUUGUCGCUCGACGAUGACAACUAUAUCGAUGAAGAUGGCGACGACGCAGAUAUUGAGAAGGACAUCCGAACGCUUCAGGGCUUUAUGAACAUUAUCCAGAGAGAAGAACGCAAGGUCAAGGCUGCCAAAGGGAGCCUGAAGUAUGGUGGAGUUGCCCUUCCGCACGGCGCCGAUACGCUCAUUUCCAUCGGCACAAUCCACGUCCCGGCACACAGCGUUAUCCUUGCUGCUCGGUCGACCGUGUUGGAUGAUAUUCUGUCGAAAAGGACGACUGCAACGUCCAGUUCCAUUUCCAUCGUCGUUACUCGACGUCUUCCAGGACCGGGAAACGGCGUCUCUAACCUUACUUCCCUCGCCUUCUCGGGCAUCCAUCCGCUCUCGCUCCUUAUCAUCCUCCAUUAUCUCUACUCCGAUGAAGUCCUCGCUAUUUGGGAUCGACGCGUCUAUAGCUCCUUAACCGAUCACGCCUUGUCAACGCUGAAGGUGGACGUCGCGGAGAUCAAAUCCGACCUACGCACCCUGGCUGCAACCUUGGAGUUGCCCCAUCUCUCUCAAGUUCUUCAAGCACCUGUGAAACGUCCACCUGCGCCUUCGCUGUCGACUGACCUAUCCGCACUAUUCGAGAAAGCACAGGGCUCGAAACAACGACGUUCUUUGCCUUGUUCGCCCGACGUGGUCUUGGAGCUGAGAGAUAAGGAAGUUUGGACGUAUUCCGUCAUCCUCCGAGCGCGAUCAGAGUUCUUUUCGUGCUUGUUGGAUGAGGAUACGUGGACGCGGAAGAGGUGGGGUCAGGAUGGCGUGUUGAGGGUUGAUUUGAAGCAUAUGAGGUGGCACGUCAUGGAGUUUGUGCUCAAAUUCCUUCUCUGCGGGAAGGAUAAGGAAUUGUUCGAUGUUCUACCGUUCACCGAAUCGGUCGAUGAUGUCUUGGAGUUUAUGUUCGACGUUAUGGCCGCAGCGUCUGAGCUCCUCUUAGAUCGGCUUAUCCUUAUCUGCUCGUCGGUCAUCCUAACGUUCCUCGACAUUCACAACUGCUGUUAUAUCCUGUCCGAAGCCAGUUACUACCAUGCCUACCAACUCAUCAACAGCGUCCAAGAAUACAUGGCGGCCAACAUGGAGUCUCUCCUCGAGAUGGGGAUGUUGGAUGACCUGCCAUACUCCCUCGUCAAGCAGCUCUCCAAGUUCAUCAAGGAGCGACAACUCGAGAAGUCUUCGUUCUCGAGGACGGAUGUUUAUCUCGAUGGGUUGCUGGCGAAGCAUUGGGAUUGGCUUGAAGGGCAAGAUAUCCCAGUUCCUUAUGUGCGUUCUGGGAAGCAGCAUCCGUCGAGGGAACUGGCGAAGACGAGGCUGUCUCCCCCUGUUCCUCCGAAGGAGGUACCAUCUACGCCCUCUAAGCAGCUCAAGAUCCCAACUAGCGCUGUACAGCGUCGACCAUCGGGAGACGAUCUAUUCGCCAUGGAUCUUGGUGAGCCCGCUACCCAGCCAAGCCAAUCUUCGACUCCCUGGAAGGUACCCGACGCUCCUCGCGUCGACAUGAGGGCGUUGAUGGCUGAAGCUCAAGAAUCCAAUCGAUCCAUUGCGCCUCCGAUAUCUGCAAGCCCCAGUCGAGGGCAGACGCCACGUACGACGUCAGGACCUUCGACUAUCAACGGUCCAGGGUGGAAGACUCCCGGUCCUUCGACGACACCUCUCACUCCGUCUCGGUCGUCAGCAUCGCAAGGUCCUUCCUGGAGACAGCAUGCAUCACCCCAGCUGCCGCCUCCUGCUUCCGCGACACCCCCCUCAGCGACACCAGGUGCUGGACCCUUGGCACCAAAGGCGGCGCCUCCUUCACCUUCUCCGUUGAGGAGCAAGGCUUCGAAGCCGACGACACCGCUGGCACCUUUGCCUGGUAUGGGCCCGACGUUUACACCUACGAAGCAAGCCGUUUCGAAGUCUUCUGGCAUUCGUAACGUUUCUGGUGGAAAGGCGUGGACUGCUCCGCCCCCCGAACCUGUGGUCGUUACUACCAAUUCCAAGGCCGUCUCGUUUGCUGCUAUCCAAGAAGCGCAGCAAACUCAGCAUGCUCCCGUCAAAGAUCGGCGGUCGCUGAAAGAGAUUCAGGAGGAAGAGGAGGCGUUGCAAGCUGAAGCUGAUUUCCUGAAGUGGUGGGAGGCGGAGGAGAACCGGGUGAAGGAGGAGAUGGCUGCUUUGGAAAAAAUCAACCAAGGUGGGCUUACGAAGGGGGAGAGGGGAAGCGGUGGUGGCAGAGGAGGCAGAGGGAAGGGGAGAGGAAAGUCGGAGCAUCAUCGACCACGGUCGGGCAAUAAACCUCCUGCGACUGGUGGGUCUGGAGGAGCGCCUGCGGAUGCUGGGGAAGGAGGUCCUUCCCGGGGCGAGGGUGAGACUCAAGGGAAGGGAAAGCCGACUAAGUCGAGUAAUCCGGAUGAUGGACAACCGCGACGACAUCGACGACCACCCAAGAAGCAGGCCCAGGGACAACAGGCCGGCCAGGUCCCCUCGAGCUAA